GGCUCUGACGUGGGGCGUGCGGCUCCCCCUGUAGGCGGCGUGCAGCCAGACGGCCGAGCUGGAAGGUCUCGCCGCGUACGACGGUCGCUGCCCCCCCCCCCCCCGGUGCGCUCAGCCUUUCUUUCCAGGCCCGCCUCCCGCCUCCAGCCUCGAAUUUCCUUUUUUGCUCACAAUUUCCCCCGGUCCUCUGAGUGCGCUUUCUUUUCUCGGGAAGCGGGGAGUGGAGAAGGAGGAUAAAAAAGGCUCCAGGUGCGAGGCAAAGAUGGAGGAAGGCUCCCAGGCCCCGGACUGGGACAGUGAUGAGACGGUGAUAGACGAGUCGGUGACGGAGAGCGACCUGGAAGAAGAGGAGCUGCCCUGGAGAAGGCUGCUCUUUGAUGAAGACACAUCUCUUAGAUCUGAGUUCAGUCUCCAUCCUGGUAUAAGUGGAAGGUGCAAAGGCAAACUUUCUCCUGAGAUUCAACUUGGGUUUAAACUGAGAGAUAAUCCCCAAGAGCAAAUGAGUAAAAAUAAGAUAAUGCCUCUUAAUGACAAGGCAGUCUUACAGCAACCUCAAGAUGAAAUGGAACAAAGUCAAGCUCUAUUCCAGCAUAGAAAAAGUUUUCCAGUGGUCACUGAAUCAUUUCCCCAGGCUGAACUUUCACUGAACCACCGAAGCAUUCAAGGGCCUGAGGCUGAAAAUCCUGAAAUUUUACCACACCCAGAAAAGGAACUAAGCACAGACAGAGACUCUCCUGAAAUUAGCUUUCUCUCACGUACUGCUCUUAGAGUAUCCAAUGUGGUGGGUAAGGAGAAAUCAUUAAUAGAGCCAGAGAAGAUCUUAGCAGUACCAAAUAUGUUUUCUGAGUCUAGAAAUGAAGCCAUGUCGACCAUGAAUUCUGAAGAAACCAAGGAUGAAGAAAGCUCUCUUAGAACAUUUGUGUCUACCUUAGAAAGGUUACUCACAUCACUAGAAAUCACUCAGGAGAGACUAUUUGAAAUAAUGAGUGUUUUCGAUCCUAAAGAGUUGACCGACCCAUUGAGCAAGUCUCCAAGUUCCAUAUCAGUGUCUUUGACAUGUCACAGAGAUUUACUAAAAAACACAAAGGAUAAUGCAUUGCCAACUGAAUUGUUAGCAGCCUUAAACACAUUAUCAGAAGCCACUGUGGGACCCAUCUGUCACAAAACAGAGGGAGGCAGCAGUCUCACUGCUGGAAAUGAAUGUUUAGGAGUGGAGCCCAAGAUGUCUCAGACUGGUGAAGAUUGUAUACAAAUAACAGAGACUCUAGAAGAUCCAAAUCCAUUUGGAUUGCAAACUUCAGUUCAUCACAAUGUCACCACUUGUGAUUCACUAUUAAAUAAUAAGGAAAAUUCACAAUCAUUGGAAAAUAGGUCUGACCAGGACACUCUGUGCGUGUUGAGGAGAUCAUCCAGACUGAAAGCAGGAAGAGAUGCAAAGCACACAGAUGACGUGUAUAAGAUGUCAGAAAAGAUUUUACAAAAGAUACUUGUCUGUGAAGAUCAAACAAAUAAGAAGUCCUCAACUAAGAAUUUCAGAAUGCAGGAUCCUGCUUUAAUGAUUAAAGGUAAAAGGAAGAAUAUGCGUUCAGCCAGACUCAAGAGUGGAAAACAGAUCAGGAAAAACACAAAACUUGCUGGAAAAAAUGGAAAAAUGAAGAUGAAUGAAAUACCUCUUUCUAACAUUAACCGUAGAAACAUUUUUGGAGAGAACUUACUGUAUCGGGCUGCUCUGCACAAUGACCCUGACCUUGUUCAUCAUUUUAUAGUAAAAGGGGGAAAUGUUAAUCAACAAAGUUAUGCUGGUUGGACAGCACUUCAUGAAGCUAGUGUAGGAGGAUUUUAUCAGACAGCAAGUGAACUAUUAAAAGGUGGAGCCGAUGUAAAUAUCAAAGGAAUGUACCAGAUCACUCCCCUACACGAUGCUGUCAUAAAUGGACGUUAUCAGGUGGCAGCGUUACUUCUUUUGAAUGGAGCUGAUCCCUUACUUAGAAGUGACAAUGGAAAGUGUGCUUUGGAUGAGGCCAAAGAUUCGCGUAUGAAGCGUCUCCUUGAGAAAUAUAUUCCUAAACACCAAAAACAUCUUACAUCAGCUCAAAAGAACAGCACUGACCUAUCAGACAUAGAGGAUGUACACCAGCACAAGAAACCAAAAUUCAGUUCUAAAAAUCUCAUUGGGUUUGUUUGUGAUGAAAAUUCCAACAGACAGAAAUCAGAAGAUGUAAAAGUUGAUAAAGGAAGCAAAGAAGGUUUAUUUAUAAAUAAAGAUGUAUAUGAACAUUACCGAAGAGAUUCCAAAGACACAAAAUUUGGUAAAUCCAUGCAUAAGCAAUCAGCUCUUAACCAAAUACACUCUAUUAGAGGACUCAGAAAAGACAGUCUCCAGGAUAUCAAAGGUCCUAGCACAAAUGUGUCUAAAGCCAGAGGAAGAAGAAACACAUGGCAUAAAAGAACUCAAGUGGAUGAUGCAAAACAAGAAAGCAUUCCAAGAAAGACCGUCGCUAUUUCUUCUUCCAGAAGAAUAAAUAGAUUGGUUACUGGUCAACAAGAUAUUCUCCAAGGCUUUGCUGACCUUCCAGAAAAGUCACAUAAACUUUUUAGCCUAGCUCCGUCAAGCCUGAAAAAUGGAUUAGGUAAUAGUAUGGAGGCUUGUUCAGUUCUCAAAGAGACACAUACCCGCAGCCUGGAUUUAUCAGAUAAUCAGGAAACAAAAUGCUUGGAAUCCACUCAUGGAGCUGAAGCUGUUUUUUUCUCAGGACUUUCCUUACAGAAAGAAAUCAAGUUACCACUUGUUACUACACAUCAGCAGCCUGACAUUCACCAAGAACAACAGCACAUUAGCCUUUCUCAUGAAAAUAGUAACUUGGGUCAAAAAGGUGAGAGCCUUAAUGAGUGGGAAAAUUCUUUCGCAUCCUUUAUAAAGGAAAAUCUUAGUGAUGAUGAUGAUUGCUAUAUCUCUGAGAAGACUAUAACACCUAAAAAAGUGGUAUGUUCUACGGGUUGCAAAAACCACUAUAGUUGUGAAGAGAAUAUAACAAAUAGAGAAGAAAUGGAUUUUCAACAGGUUUUCCUUUCUGAAGACCGUAUUUCACAGGAAAAUAAGUUGAAAGCUUGCAGUCUAACCAUAUUUCCACAACAGGAAGCUGUUGAUUUUUCUGAGUCAGAUAAUACAAUAGGUCCUGAACAACAUGUUGCAAAUUACGGACGAUGCACAUAUGAAACUUCUUUUGAUCAUUCACAUGGCAGUCCAGAGCUUUGUCCAGGAACAUUUUCAACACAGGGAACUUCAAAGUUGACUAGUCAUGUGGAGCUAUUCAAAAGGCCUCAAGAUCCUUUAAUGGAUCAAACAGAUACGCAUACUGUGGAAAAGGUAAAUGAGGGAGAAGACGCUAAAAGGGAUUACAACGAUGAAAGUCAAAAACCAAGUUCUUCCAAAGGGCCUUUGUCUGCAGUUGUUAAUUCUCAUGUAAUAGAAACAACUACAGUUGAAAAAAGGAAACAAGAUAUUCCAGAGAACAAAACCAUACAUAAUAUAAUUUUUUAUUCUGCCGACAAUAUUAAUAAGGAAUUGACCAAUGUCUCACAAUGUAGACAAAAAGAAGAGAAAGAAAUUUCUCAUAUACCAGGUGAGAAAUUAACUAAUAUCAAUGGAGAUGAAAACUCUGUGAGAAACAUUGAAAAAAAAGAAAAAACAGAUUCUGAAAUUCAAAUGUCUACUGGUAUCCAGAAACACAAAAAAGUCCGGAAUUUGAGAAAAAGACAAAAUUUUUUGAAAGCUACCUGCAGCCAAGAAAUGAAAACAGCUGGAAUCAAUAAGAGGCGUGCCAGAAGGGAAAGCCGGCUUCAUUUGGCUGCCACAAGAGGAAAUUUGUCUCUGGUGAAGGCUCUAAUAGAAUCCGGAGCAGAUGUGAAUGUAAAAGAUAAUGCAGGUUGGACACCACUCCAUGAGGCAUCUAGUAAGGGAUCUAAUGAUAUAAUUGUAGAGUUGUUAAAAGCUGGUGCUAAUGUUAAUUGUGAAAAUCUAGGUGGGAUUCUGCCCUUACAUGAUGUUGCCUCCAGCAGUCAUUUAAAGGCAGCUGAGAUUCUACUACAACAUGGAGCAAACCCAAAUCAAAAGAAUCAAAAGCAGAAUACUGCUUUGGAUGAAGCAGAUGAUGAAAAAAUGAAAAAGCUGCUGAAAUCUUAUGAUGCUGUUGAGACUGAUAAUAGAGAUGAAAGUAAUGCUACAGUCACUGUCAAAAUUCCUGCUGCCGGACCAAAAAGACAUAAACAGUGUUUUAGUGACGACUGCAAAAGUGUUGAUCCACCUUUUCUUUCACACAGAGAAAAAACAGGAGAAAGCCAUCCUGUGCAUCAUACCAUCAGUGCCAUUCUACAAGACAUAGAAGAAAAACAAGAAAGUUUACUAGAAUUUGAAAUAAGAACCCCUGAAGAUGCAGAACAAUACAUUGAAAAGAUGUUAGAGAUAAAAGAGGUUAUGGAUAAUGUGCUUGCCAAACAGAAGGCAGAAAGGGAUGAUCUGGCUAAAAAAUACAGAGUGUCCAUAGAAUCAUUUAAGCAAGGAGUCCUCAGAGAACAACUGGCUAAUUUGGCCACAAGACAGAAGAGCCUUUUAGUUGUGGCAAAAAAACAGAAAAAAAUUAGCCAGAAAAUUCAAAACUAUAAAAACAUUACAUCUGCGUCUGGUCCUGGUUUGAAGAGGCUGCCAUCCAGCUCAGAAAUCUCUAGUGAAAAGUACAGCCAAAGGCUUACCAGUCUGGGAAAUUCAGUGCAGCCCCAUUCAGGUUCCUGUUCUCCUGUCAGCCUUAUUUGUGGAAGCAUACAGGAAACACAGUCAUCUCUGGAAACGUGGAAUGGCAGCCAAAAUACCAACACUUGUGUAAAUUCAGAGACAGUGAGAAGGGAAGAAUUUUUUGGAAAUGAGCUGAAUUCUAAACAGAAUGUCAAUGACUGUACCUUGGAUGGGUUAUCAAAAUCCAGACAUUCAGAUGGCACUAAGAAGAUUAAAUUACCACCCCAGCCUGUUGCUUUUCUUGCUCAAGCAGAAUAUUCACAAAAAGAAAAUGAUCUUACAGAAACUCCAGCCAAAGGGAAUGAAUCUUACAGUAGUCCUUCAGCAGUAACUGGCACAUUAAAUAUUUCAGAGACUACAAGCAGACUUGCCGAAAAUGCUGCCCAUCUAUCAACUGUUAUUUGCAAUCAGGCUCCUACCAAUUGUGAUCCGAAAAGAGGAAACAGGAAAAUAGCUUCCCAGCAGCCACCUAGGGGGACAUUACAAUCCUUGGCACACCAAGGGACUGAUGCCUUAGGCAGUACUACUGGGCAUCAGAUGAAAUCAUAUCUUAAAAAAUCAGUUUUUGCUAUUCCCCAUGCUCAUGAUGGUGAGAGCUCCUAUUCCUCGGGAUCUGGCCGUCAACAUAUUAUAAAAAACCCUUUAAACAAUAGCACAGCUCCCAGAAAGAAAUGUAUGCAGAUAAAAGAUCUGAUAUUACUAGGAAGAAUUAAUCCAGGAAAUAACAUUCUGGAAUUCAAAACACAGGAGACUACUCACAAAGCCAGUGUUUUAUUGAGUGGUAAAAUUAAGGUAGAAAAUGGUCAGAUUUAUCAAAAUCCAGUCACCUGGCUCAAGGAUCUUCUAGGAGACGACAGUUACGUGACUUGGAAUUAUGCUUGGAGUAAGGUAACAUAUCUGGGGAAAGAGCUUGUAAAGUAUGUUUCUGAGGAAAUACCCGUACCCUCAGAGCCAAACAUGGCGCCUCAGCAACAUCAACCUUGUCUUCCAGGAACUUCCAGAGAGUCAAUGCAAAGCAUCCCACAUUAUCUGCAAAUAAAAGAAGUUCUAUUAAUCAGCGAUCAAGAAUUUCUCCCAUGCCAUAUAAUGGAUCAACAUUGGAAGUUCUAUGUGGAAUGCGAAGAGCUAACAUUCUAAAACCUUGUUUUCUUAAUUUAAUGGGUAUUUGUUCAUAUUAUUAAGCCACAUUCAUAUUUUAUCUUAUAUGGGCCGGAGGGCCUAUUUUAAUACACACUUUAUGAGUUGCUACUUAAGAUGUGUGUUUACUAUUGUAAGAAAAAACAGAACUCAAACUAUUGUAGUUAGAUAAAAUACUUUUUUGCCAUUGUAAUAAAGGCAUUUUUGAAUUAAACCACAUUGAAUCUCUGGCUUUUUAUUAACAUAAAUGUAAAACUCAUCUUUCAGUCAAUACUUCUACCUUUGUAUAAAUAACAGUUAACUAAAGGGAAGUAAGGAUUAAAAAAAGAUUGAUAAAUGGUCCUGAAAAGGCCAGGCUAAAGUGUAUCUACUUAAAACAAGAACUUAAUGUCCUGGUACCUUCCC